GCGUGUAGCCAACACUCGAGUCUAAUAACUAUGGGCGUGAAAAAUGGCAUUGUAAUUUCCAUCAAAUUUCAAGGGCAUUUCUCUUCUUUUCCACACCUUCACAACUAUAUAUGCAUUUGUAUAUUCAAAGGUGUUUGGUGAACAAUUGUUUAGAUUUGGAGAAUCCAAGACAAUUAUAAGCUCCUAUCAUUUCAACAAAGUCCACUUUUUAAGUAGGAAGAGAUGGGGUCAGAUCAGAAAGUUCAUGUAUUUGAGGAGGUUGCAAAGCACAACAAGACUAAAGAUUGUUGGCUUAUCAUCAGUGGAAAGGUGUAUGAUGUGACUCCAUUUAUGGAUGAUCAUCCAGGUGGUGAUGAAGUUUUGCUUUCAGCAACAGGGAAAGAUGCAACGAAUGACUUUGAAGAUAUCGGCCACAGUGAUUCUGCUAGAGAGCUGAUGGAUAAAUAUUACAUUGGAGAUAUUGAUGCGUCAACAAUUCCUCUAAAACAUGCUUACAUUCCUCCACAACAACCCCCAUACAAUCCAGACAAGACUUCAGAAUUUGUUAUCAAGAUUUUGCAGAUCCUUGUGCCCCUCUUGAUUUUGGGCUUAGCCUUUGCUGUGCGACACUACACCAAGGAGAAGUAAUUCCGUUGCAUUCUAAUUUGGAUUGUCAGGACAUCUUUUGUUUGAUUUAUGUAGUUGUCAAAUGACAGACUUGGUUUAUAGUUCAUUAAAGGAACUGUAGUAGCUGAGCUUAAUUAUCAGUUUGUAUGUGUUCCAGAGUUGCCAUUCGUAGCGACUUCUCGUAAACUAUAACUUCACGGGGUUUAUGUUUAUGGUAUUGAGAGAUGUGCUUCUCCAUUUUGAAUAA